CGAAGAUGCUCACAGAGCACUUCAUAGCAUCGAUAGGCGUGCCUACCAAAGCGCCAGGAACGAACGUGGCCAAGGAUGCAGCCAUAUUUCUCCACGAAUUCCAGCCAUUCUCGCAACAGCGAGCAGUGUUCAAGAAAUCUGCAACAUCUCCCAACUGCCUGGCUGUCAGCGACACUCAUAUCUUUGCCGCACAAGCCGACAAAGGUGUAGUCCAUGUCUACAAUCGCGAAAAGGGCAAUCAAGAGGCCACAGUGCCGUUCACAGAGAGGAUUUCAUCCAUCACUCUAGCCUGCGACGAUACCGUGCUGAUUCUUGGCACUGUCGACGGCAGAAUCUUCCUGUGGGAGACGUGCACGGGAAGACAGGUCACAACAAACCAAGCUCACCUGCAAGCGGUGACUGUACUGGCGGUGGAUGCAACCUCCAAUUUCUUGCUCUCGGCCUCGAAAGAUGCCACCAUUCAUGUCUGGUCAAUCCCACACCUCUUGUCCUUUGCCAACACUGGCGGAGUCUCACCACUACGAACGUUCUCUUCUCAUCACGCAGCAAUCACGGGCCUGAAGCUGGGUCAUGGCUCAUUUCACCUCAACUUUGCUGUUUCCAUAUCUACAGACAGGACCUGUCUCGUGUGGGACUACAGGACUGGCAACACUCUGCGAACUUAUCUACUGCCUGGCAUUCCCCUUUCUGCUGCGCUAGAUCCGGCCGAUCGUGCUGUCUACAUUGGCUACGAGGAUGGCAAUAUCCAAAUGUUGGACCUCUACGCUUCUCCUGUCGGAGGUCUAGAUGCAGUGCAGAAUGGACAGGCUGCUCUUGAGCCUGUACAGCCUUCAGCUUCAUUGCAGUGGAAGCUGCCGGAGCCAUCUCACGGUGCAGCUCUUAGCCUGGACGUCUCCUAUGACGGAAGUACGGUAUUAUCUGGACACGUAUCAGGCGCCGUGCUCAGCUGGGAUGUCGCACGCGGAAGCUUCGUUGCAAACCUCACUCCACUGCCGCUGCCAGCAUCUGCAAGCAAUGUAAUAUUCCUACCAGUCAGUGGCCACUUCGGUUCGAACCCCAGAAAUCCAAAGAUUAGGAUCAGCGAGAUUGUGAAACCGAAAUUCGGAGCUUUCGAUGCCUCAGAAACAGGAGCUCUGCCUGGGGACUAUGCUGCGCAUGUCCAAUUGCUGUCGGAAAUGGGCCAAGAAGCAACGUCCUUCCAAUGCGCGUUGACUGCACCGACGUUCCCGGCCACGCUUCUCGACGAAGGUCUCGAGGAGCUUGCGAACUGGGGAAAAGUGCCUAAGCAGCUGAGUGCUAAUGUGGAUGUUGAUGGCGAUGAUUAUAUGGCCUUCGACGAUGGCAAACAUGGCACCGCUCAGGACAAAAUCCGAGACGAAAACAAGCAGCUGAAGUCUGAACUCGAAUCAUUGCGCAAGGUGAUGAGGAAAAGCUUUGAGAAGGUCGAAAAGUUGAGCGAGGAGAACCGCACACUCCUGAAACGAGAACAGAAGAGGUUGAAAGCGUCGGCCGACAAGCAGAGUAACGGGGUACAUGCUGAUAGUGAAGACACCAGCGAUUGAACUGCACCCAGCCUGGAGAGGGUUAGGACGAGGAGCAUGGAGGAAUAGAGACGAGGGCGAGAGAUGCAUGUCUUGGCAUAUCUUCACUUUAUGCAAGGAAUUCUCCCAGCGUCCCUUCAUUCCAGGACCCCGCCUGCGUGGGCCAUCGACCACGUAUUUGUUGUGUGUUUCGAUCAAGGAAUGUCACAUACAAUCUCCUCCACGAUCACUUGCAACAAUACAGGUAGAGCACUGGGUGCCAUCUACGUCGACGAUCCGAAGCAUACGACAUUUCUCGCUCGCAGCACUAGCUCCAUCACUUCAUCAGCAUCGCCAGUCUCUCGUUCAACAUCAUGGCUUAUUCUCGUUCUCUUGUUGCGAUUAUCAUUUCCGCGCUCGCUUUCCAGGCCAAGAAGACCAACGCUCGCCACAUCUACAGGCAUGAAGCGCUCAACAUUGAGCGUCGGCAAGGUGGACCACUCAUCGAAGACUCACCGACGACACCGGUCUCUCUCGAAGUCAUGUCGACAAGCUCUGAGCCAACGAUCUUGACCUACCUUACUCCAUCGCCAGGCGCGUCAGCGAUAGCUAUCACCGAACAGAGUCAGCUCGCAACAUCAUAUGUUCCGCAAUACACUUUGUGUGCGCUUCCACCCCAGGCAGUCUUCCCAGCGACUCCACUGCCGACAUUGAGCACAAUGACCUCUCCAUGGCGCAACUAUUCCAUCUCCAUUCCUCCUGGGAAUGGCACAUGCACGACCAUCUAUAGCCCCACCCCGACAAUGGUCUGCGCAACAACAUUGACAGGCCUUGUGGAGAAAUACACUGUCAGUAAAUGCGAUCAGGACAUCACAUUCUCGACUGAGUACGGGUUCGUGCUGGCUUCGCCGACUGCCGAUUCCGACUCCAGUGCACUCGCCACGUCUGGCGCUCUCAUCACUCCGCGCCCCACGGUCCAACGCUUGACGACCUAUUAUCUCGCACCUUGGCAAGCCGUCACUGCUGGUAUGGCUCCAUCUGACGUCGAUCUCAAGGUCUGCGCCUUGUAUGCCAACGGCACAGAGGAGUGCAUUCACCAGUAUGAGGUGUGGAAGACAUCUCUCAUCACGAAAUCGGCCACGCGGACCACUUCUGUGAACAUCUCUACGACCCUGCAUGGUCUGAGCCAGGUUAUCGUCGAGACGUAUAUCGCCAACAUUACAGAACAGCUCACGACAUUCUCCAUGUCGACCGACAUGGAGUUUGAGUACGCCACCGAGAUCAUGACAACGCAGAGAGAGAGCGUGACAAGUGUCAGUCCUACGCCAACGCAAUACUUGACCGUCACUGUGAAAAAUGCUCCGUCUAGCACCACUUCUUCGAGACCUCGUACCACGCGAACUUCCACGAUCCGCCGUACCACCACGACUACUGUGUAUGUUGGGACCACUACAGCGACCCUGCCCGAUGCUGCCGCAGCAGCAGCAGUGACCAAGGCCGCUGCCGCCUCCGAUGAAACUCCCGACUGGGUCGCAAUGUUGGGCAUUCCUACCGCAAACAAGCAGUGAAACGAAGACGGGUUGUACUGAAAGGAAUGUCGAAUGGUUCUUUUAUGUAGUGUAGGUAUUCAAAGAGUGUGUAGGUAUGUAGGUAGCGCUGGUCGUAUUCUUUU